AUGGAAAACCCUAGCAAAAGCAUCACAUCUCUCUUGGUUUAUUCUUCUUGGAAUCUUGUAUUCUCUUGUUUCAUGGGUUCAAGGGUUACUUUGAAUGAUUUUUUAACUUGUGCGUUGGAGUUCUCUGAACGGACCAGCGAAAGUCGUCCAAGGAAUAUGGAAGCUUAUCAUGAUCAUGCAAUCCCGGAGCUCCCAACCGAAAUCAUAUUCACUCAUAUACUCCCACGACUACCACCAAAGGAUCUGAUGAUGAGGUGCACGUGCGUAUGCAAGUCUUGGUCCUCCUUUAUCCGUAGCUCUUCCUUUGUCGCCGCCUUCCGCAACUUUUGCGGAAACGACAACAACAAAAGCACUACUAACUUCCUUUUCCAAAAGUAUCACCGGUUCUUGUCGUCAAAAAUAGAGAAACAAGGGAAUGUUUCAACACCCGCCGUCGGAAUUUGCGAGGUUUUCGAAUAUUGUCUGUCGUAUGACGGAAAAAUUCAGGAAUUAGGCCGAUAUUAUCCUGAUGUGCAGAGUGUCCAUGGCUUGAUUUGUGGAUCCUCUAGCUGUCAACCUGAGUUUUUUAUACUCAACCCUAGCACUCGGGAGUACAUCGAACUUCCCCAUGCAAAAGAAAGGCCAGUCAACCACUAUGCACAUCACGCAUAUCACUUUGGGUUCAGUCCACUUGCCAACGAGUAUAAGGUUCUCCAGGUGCUUUCCUUUCGUCUAGAUCAAGGAGAUAAAUGGGAUCUUGCCUUCAACACAUUCACACUAGGUAGGGAUUCUUGGUGGAGGCCAUUGCAGGUAGACCAUGGCGAUCUUCCUUUUGAUGCUCUAGCUUAUGCCUCCGACUCUCGUGGCAAGAGAAGUACUGCCAGUGUGUGCCUCAAUGGGGCCGUAUAUUGGAUCUAUGAGGAGCAGAAAAUGUUAGUUGCAUUUGACGUUAAAGAGGAGACAUUCAAAGCGCUGCCACUACCUGAAGAUUAUGAUCAAGUGUUUGCUAAUUAUUACGCUGAUCAAGAUUAUGAACAAUAUUCUGGAAUUGAUGCUAAUGAUUAUUGCUGUCCAACUAUGGUUAAGGUGGGAGGAUGCGUAGGUGUGUUUGCAGACAUGUCAUGGAAACAUGACAAGAUCGUGUUAUGGAUUUUGAAGGACUAUCAAAACAUUGUGUGGGUUAAGGAGACCAUUAGCUUGGCGUCAGAGAGAGAAUACCUUGGUUAUCGGCGCUGCAUUGAAGCUUUGGGUACAAUCCACACAGGAGAGUUUGCCCUCGUGCACUAUUUUAUUGGAUUUUCACCAGGAUAUGACGAUGGUCCACCCGAAUUGCGUCUUUAUGAUAUGAAGAGCAAACAAUAUAGAGUAAUUGAUUUUGCUUUUCCUGAUUAUCAGCAAAAUAGGGUUUAUCCUUUUCCAAUUAAGUUAAUUAAUAUUUAUGAUGAUAGUAUUGUCCCCUUAAAAUGA